AGUUGUAGAGGAGCCAGUCAUUUUACAGAUUGGGGAAGAGUUUGGCUGAGUGGCAGACAGUGCUGGGGCUGCAAAUUGGGAAAAGAAGACUUCCCUCUACUAGCCGGGUAUACCUGCGGGGGCGGUCGAAGUGGUGCGCCCGUCGGAGAACCUUGGCACCUCGGCUGUUUGAGGACGGAAGUCACGGCCAGAGCUCUGUGUGAAGACGAGAAGUCAAGGCCAGAGAUAGCGGCGGGAGCUGGUACUGCGACCCUGACACGUCCAGCAAAAUACCCAAUUGAGAAUCUACACCCUUUCAACUCUGAACCCAAAUGGCUCAAUGGGAGAGACUGCAGAACCUUGACAACCCAUUUCAGGACCAACUGGACCAGCUGUACUUACACAGCCUCUUGCCGGUGGACAUCCGACAGCACUUGGCUGUCUGGAUUGAAGACCAGAACUGGGAGGAAGCUGCACUAGGCAGUGAUAAUUCCAAGGCCAACAUGCUAUAUUUCCAGUUUGUGGACCAACUGAACAAUGAAUGUGGCCGCUGCAGCCAAGACCCUGAGUGCUUAUUGUUACAUCACAACCUGCGAAAAUUCUGCCGGGACAUUCAGGCCUUACCCAAGGGCUCUACCCAGUUGGCUGAGAUGAUCUUCAAUCUCCUUCUGGAAGAAAAACGAAUUCUGAACCAGGCUCAGAGGGCUGAAGUGGAGCAAGAAAAUACAACUCUUGAAGUACCCAUGGAGAGCCAGCAGUCUGAGAUUGAAUCCCGGAUCCUGGAUUUAAGGGCUAUGAUGGAGAUGCUGGUGAAGUCUAUCACACAAGUGAAAGACCUUCACGAUGUCUUCAGCUUCCGAUAUAUGAUACUCCAAAAAGGGAAGACAUCCUCCUCAGAUCCGCAUCAGAGCAAACAGCAGCAGCUUGUGCAACAGACUCUCAAUGAACUGGACAAGAGGAGAAAGGAGGUGCUGGAUGCCUCCAAAGCACUGCUGGGAAGACUGACCACCCUCAUCGAGCUACUGAUGCCAAAGUUGAAUGAGUGGAAAGCCCAGCAGCAAAAAGCCUGCAUUGGAGCCCCGCUGACGCUUGGGUUGGAAGAGCUGGAGAAGUGGUUCACAGCUGGAGCAGAGCUGUUGUUUCACCUUCGGCAGCUGCUGAAACAGCUGAAGGAACUGAGCGACAUGGUUCACUAUGAAGGUGACCAUCUGAAGGAACGGGUAGAGCUGCUGAAUGCCCAGGUCACAGAGUUGCUACAGUAUCUGCUGGACAGAGCCUUUGUGGUGGAGAAACAGCCCUGCAUGCCGCAGACUCCCCAUCGGCCCCUCGUCAUAAAGACAGGGAGCAAGUUCACUGUCCGGACCAGGCUGCUGGUGAGACUCCAGGAAGGCAAUGCGCCACUGACGGCAGAGAUCUCCAUUGACAAGGAUCCUCCUCAAGUACAUAGCUUUCGAAAGUUCAACAUCCGGACCUCAAACCAGAAAACUUUGACCCCUGAGAAAGGGCAGAGACAAGGCUUAAUUUGGGACUUUGGCUUCCUGAUGCUUUUGGAGCAGCGUUCAGGUGGUUCAGGAAAGGGCAGCAAUAAGGGUCCACUGGCUGUGACAGAGGAACUGCAUAUCAUCAAUUUUACAGUCAGAUACAUGUACCAGGGUCUGCAGCUGGAUCUGAAAACGGACACUCUUCCUGUAGUGAUUAUUUCUAACAUGAACCAACUCUCCAUUGCCUGGGCCUCAGUUCUCUGGUUCAAUCUGCUCAGCCCAGUCCCCCAGAACCAGCAGUUCUUCUCCAGCCCGCCUAUGGCCCCCUGGAGAUUGCUGGGCCCUGCUCUCAGUUGGCAGUUCUCCUCCUACACUGGCCAAGGCCUCAACCCAGAGCAGCUGGGCAUGCUGAAGGAAAAGCUAUUCGGGAAGACCUCUAAGAUGGAAAAUUCGUUGUCCUGGGCUAACUUCAGUAAGCGAGAGAGCCCCCCUGGCAAGAUACCGUUCUGGACAUGGUUGGACAAAAUUCUGGAACUAGUACAUGACCACCUGAAGGAUCUGUGGAAUGAUGGGCACAUCAUGGGCUUUGUGAGCCGAAGCCAGGAACGUCGGCUGCUGAAGAGGACCAUCUCUGGCACCUUCCUGCUGCGGUUCAGUGAAUCUUCGGAAGGAGGCAUUACCUGCUCCUGGGUGGAGCACCAGGAUGAUGAUAAGGUGGUCAUCUACUCCGUGCAGCCCUAUACCAAGGAGGUGCUGCAGUCCCUUCCACUGACCGAAAUCAUCCGCCACUAUCAGCUGCUCACCGAGGAGAACAUACCAGAGAACCCACUGCGCUUCCUCUAUCCCCGCACGCCCCGUGAUGAGGCCUUUGGGCGCUACUACCAGGAAAAAGUUAAUCUUGAGGAACAGAGGAAAUACCUGAAACAUAAGCUCAUUGUGGUCUCUAACAGGCAGGUAGAUGAGCUGCAGCAACCUCUGGAGCUUAAACAGGAUCCAGAACUGGAGUCCUUAGAGCCGGAGCAAAGGCUGAUGCCGAAGCUAGAGCUGGGGGUCGGCCUGGAUUUAGAGCCACUGCUGGAGACAAGGCUGAACCUGGGCUCAGAGCUAGGGCCUGUGUUGGAGCCCCUGCUGGAGCCAGGGCUGGUCCUGGAGCCCACACGGUUCAUGGCAUCACAGCCAGUGCCAGAUUCAGAUUUGCCUCAUGAUCUGCAACACUUAAGCACUAAAGACAUGGAAAUUUUCAGGAACAUUGUGAAGAUUGAAGAUAUCAUGCCACAUGGUGACCCACUGUUGGCUGGCCAGAACAUCAUGGAUGAGCCUUACAUAUCCUGCCCCAGCCAUUUCUGCACAGAUGGACCCUUGAAUCCUGACUGCUAGGAUUCAAGCUGCAUUUCCUCUGUUCCUUCUAUUUUUUGUCCUUCCUAGCCCCCACAUCAUGUUGUUGCUCUCCAAUGAUGGGAAAUCCAGCAUUUUAACCUGGAGUUUGGGGAGAGGUGAAAGCAUAACUUGGGUAUGGAAGGGACACCAAUGAACCAGAACACGUGCUGGCCAUAGUUCUGAAAGGCUGGCUUGGAGACUGCCUUCUGUGCCGGGUGGUACGGGGUUCUCAGGGCAGGCCAGGACAUUGGUAGGUACUUGGAGGGCUUAGGGCAAGGGCUUCCUUCCAAGUAUGAAAUGAUACCAACAUUUUAGUAGAAUCCCCAGCUAAACUCAUACACACUAGCAUUAGGUCCUGAUGGGAAACUGUACAGACACAUGAUAGAAUUCCACCAUCCCCCCUUCUCUGUUUUAGGUUUUGUUGAAGUCAGGACUUCAUGCAUGUUAGGCAAGUGCCGUGUAACUGAGCUAUACCCCUAGCCCUCCAUCUCUCUCCUCUUGUUCCUUCAUGUCUAGGAUAACCUUUUCCUUUUACUUCUGGCUCCAGUCCUAAAUUUCUCCUUUUCUACAAGAGCCAAGAGCUUCCUGCUUCAGCUCACUAAUCAAAGCUCCUCUCUGAGGAAGGGCAUAGGAAGAAGAACUCCUCUUCUUACCAGGCUCCUGCUCUUCUCUGCCCCUAGGCUACCUGCAUCCAUUCCUCUCCCAUAAAAUGACACUGCUAUUCUAACAUGCCUGAAAAACUUCACACGAUAAUUUAGGUUGCCAAAUCUUCACUUGCCCAGUGCUUAAGAGAUAAAAA